GCGGAGCGCGUUGCGUCACCCAGCUGAUAGCAUGAGUAGUGUAGAUAUUUCAGCUGGGACUCGUCACUGCUUGUUGAAUCCGAGGAAAUCAAUAAAACUUGACGUUGGCGUGGCAAUCCCGUGUUCAUUUGAGCAGGGCCACUGACGUGAGGGUGCACUGUGUAGGUACUGUGCGGUGUGGGAGCACAGGGGUCAGGAUCAGCUGUGCGUAGAUAGCGGCGAUGCCCUCAUGAAGUGGUGGUGGUGGUGGAGGGUCCUGCCUCCCCUGCCCCGGGGGUUGGCCGCUGCCCCGCUAGCCUUUAUGAGAACAAGUAGUAGCAGUUUUCUGCUCAGGAUGAGUUCCAAGGUAUCCUCCCUGUCCCCUGCAAAGGCCGUGGCAGAAAAAGAGCAGAAGCAGCGCAGGGACACCACUCCUGUCAAGAGGAAGCUGGACUGCUUGGCGUCAGCCAGCUCAUCAAACCUUGGCCUGUCACUCCUCCCAGUGUCAAAACUCCUCAAGAAGAGCUUUAAUCUCAUUGCAUCUGAGGAUGCAUCUGAUGAGAAGCCAAGGAGUUGUCCCUUUGUGGUGUCCAUCGAGGGCAAUAUUGGUAGUGGCAAGUCCACUUUCCUGCAGCAUUUUUCAUCCAUGCCUGGGGUGGACAUACACCAGGAACCCAUUAACCUGUGGACCAACCUGGACGGUCACAACCUGCUGGACAUGCUAUACAAGGAUCCACAGCGUUGGAGCUUCCUCUUCCAGUCUUAUGUGCAGCUGACAAGGCUUAACAUUCACCUGCAGCCCUCAUCCUGCCUUGUCAAGCUGAUUGAACGCUCCCUGCAGAAUAACAGAUACUGUUUCUUGGAGAUCGGCCAGGACUGUGGACAUCUGCAGGGGGCCGAGUACAGUGUUCUUUGCAAGUACUAUGAUCUGCUGCAGUCCAAGCUUGACAUUGGCAUUGAUCUCAUUGUGUACCUGAGGACCAGCCCGGAGGUGGUGCACGCCAGGAUGCUAGAGAGAGGCCGCUCUGAAGAAGCCGACAUUCCUCUUGACUACCUGAAGAAGGUACACCAAUAUUAUGACAGGUGGCUGCUGCAUAAGGAGCCACACCCUCCCCCUGCCCCAGUGCUGGUGAUUGAUGCUAACCAGGCCCUGGAGGACGUUAAGAAGGAAUAUGAACUCCAGAAGGCAGUCAUCAUGGGGCAGAAGGCUGUGUGAGCUGAUCAGGCUCACAACAGUCACAUCUGUCAGUCAUUUCUUUGUAUUCAGCACUCGUAUAGUUUUCCUGGAAAGUCACUGUGGAAGUACUUACUGAGUAAUGACAAUCCAAUGGUACCAAUGAGAGAGAUGCUGGUAUCACUUAAUACAGCUUGUUAUAGCUCCUCUCCCUCUCACCAAAAGCCAAAAAAAAGUACAGCCUUGCCACUUCGGUCAUGAGUGUGUGUGUGUGUGUGUGUGUGUGUGUGUGUGUGUGUGUGUGUGUGUGUGUGUGUGUGUGUGUGUGUGUGUGUGUGUGUGUGUGUGUGUGUGAGAGAGAUAUUAUGUUGGGAGAACUAUUUUAAUUCUAUUUGUAAAGUGUGUAUUGUGUGGGGGUCUUGUAUUUUAGUUAUGAUAUCUUUAUCACGGAAAUAUUCUGCCUCUUAAGUGAGUAUAUGUGAGGGAUUUUAAAAUUAUAUAUUGACCAGAUAAUACAAUCUAUGUCAAAACUUGUCACAAUUUUAUUUUUUAUAUUAAAGAAUGAGCAUCAAAGACAUAUACUGCAUAGGCAUGUAAGAAAACUUCUUGAGGUGUCUGACUCUUGAGGCAAGAACUCAACAUUUUUAUCUAUAUAUUGUAAUUGUUAUGUACAUAUUUUGCAUUAGUGAUAAGACAAAUUCCAAACUUGACAGUGACAGUGUACUUGUCAUUGGUGGUCUCAGGUCAGUCAACCUGAGGGAUACACUGCGAAGACAGAGGAUUCAUUGCCCCACCACCAGAUGAAUAGUAAAUUUUGUACUUCUUUUAUACUUUGAAAAUGUAUAUAUCAAAAUGAAA